GAGGACCAGAGAAUGAGGACAACAACGAGAUGCGGUUUGUGUGGAGGAAAACGGUUGGUGAGGAAUUUAACGUCAUUCUGAAAUCCAAGCAGGGUAGUGAAGUGAACUCGCUGAGUCCGAUUAUAGCCUACAUAACAGCUGAUUUGAAGAAAGCUAUAGGAGACAUAGAGAUGGCGAUAGUCCUAUAUCAUGGGGGUGUAGGCCUAUUGAUUAAAUGCAAAAGUGCGAAACAUUGAGCUAUGAGAGUGUCAGUGUCUGCAAAAAAGAGGCGACAGAAACUGCACCCCAUUCCAGUUUUGGGUCCCUCAUAGGCUAUACACUUCACUUCAGUGAACGUGCGAGACAGUUAACUCUAUUGCCUUUCGUUGGCCAGCUAACGCUGCUAGAAACCGUUACAAUAGGCUAUGCAUCACUGGAGCAUUUUCCAUUUAAUGUUAUUGCUCUUAGUAUCAGCCAAAAUAUUCCACUUUUGGUCAUUACUGUUAUCGUUUAUAAGUUUCCAUUAUUAAUGUACCAAGAGUUUCAGACGCAAACAUAGGCUACUCAUUCUUUACAGUUGUCAUGAGUUUUGUUUGAGUUUUGGUUUGCGGGUGCAACAGUAGCGUAAAGAUACGGUGGACAUGUGGUUAUAUAGGUUAGUGUUAACAAACCUAACAACACUGCCACAACACGUUGCGCAGAAUAAUAGGAAUGUGACAUUACACCUCUUGCGCAAGACAUAACACCACCGAAGAAACACGAACAUCUCUCCCACACACCCAAAAGAGAGCGUUUCCCCGAACACAACAGGUUCUCACGGAGUUAAGAAGCCAAAUAUUUCAUCCAGUCAUGUUCACGGAGCAGCCUCACUGCAUGGUAGCCUAUUAAUCUGACCUCAGAGCAAAUAUGGUACAAAUCCACGGCUUUUCGUGAUACUUAACUAACGUUAGAUUCCACUAGCUACCAAGUGUGUUCGUGUGUGUUCACACAUGCAGUAGAAGAGCAGAUGCUUUUGCUGUGGAGUCUCUGCGUGUGCGUGCGCCAUAGUAGACUAAAAGCCGGGCACCCACCGCACGCGUAUCGACCGCGAGCGCACUAGAAACCGUUACAAUAGGCUAUGCAUCACUGGAGCAUUUUCCAUUUAAUGUUAUUGCUCUUAGUAUCAGCCAAAAUAUUCCACUUUUGGUCAUUACUGUUAUCGUUUAUAAGUUUCCAUUAUUAAUGUACCAAGAGUUUCAGACGCAAACAUAGGCUACUCAUUCUUUACAGUUGUCAUGAGUUUUGUUUGAGUUUUGGUUUGCGGGUGCAAGAGUAGCGUAAAGAUACGGUGGACAUGUGGUUAUAUAGGUUAGUGUCAACAAACCUAACAACACUGCCACAACACGUUGCGCAGAAUAAUAGGAAUGUGACAUUACACCUCUUGCGCAAGACAUAACACCACCGAAGAAACACGAACAUCUCUCCCACACACGGAACCAGUGGAGACACGCUACGCACCGCGCUGUGCUGCUUACGCGCCGCUUACGCUACGCGUGCGGUGGGUGCCCGGCGUUAACACUCGCGCUGCACACAGCAUAUUCUGUAGAGCAUUUUACAUUAAUACAUUUAGCGGUAAUUUGACUUCAACAUUUUGAAAGGUAUGCGGGAUUCUGUUCGCUAAAGCUGAUCUAUGGAGCGUUGGAACUUUGAUUUAAUCACUCGGCAAACCCCAGGCCAGCCUGGAGUUGAAUGGCUACAAAAAACGUGAUAACUUGAUAGUUUAUUUGAAAAAGUAAAACCUUGAAAUUUAUAAUUGAAUUGCAUAAUUGAAACUGAAAGAUUUGGCCAUUUAGAAUGUUGGCUUUUCUGUGAAUACAACACAUCAACAUGAGUGCAUUGGUUGGGUUUUAAAUAAUUUAUGGAAAAGUUAAAAGAUCGUUCAGAGGCCAUUAAUAAAUUAAAAUGUGUCCUUAAUUAAAAAAUAUUUUUCUUGACUAACUCUGUUUGGUUUUUAAUUUUAAUGACGCUUCAAUGUAAGGUGGAUUUAGAUAAAUAACCUCUUUCAUUGCAAAUAGAUAUUUCACUUCAGACUCAGCCACAAAUUCCGUUUGCCCGUUAAACGUGAUAACUUUUUUCAUUAGAUAAAUGAAAUUAUAACUAAACUUGUUGAAUUAUGUUUACUCAGGUUCCCUUUGUCAUUUACAUUUAAUCUGAAGAUCUGAAACCAUUCAGUGUGACAAAUAUUCAAUAAUAUAGGAAAUCCGGAAGGAGGAAAAUAACUAGAUAAUCUGCAGUUUGUCAGUGACAGCCAGUGACAGUGACAGCCCUCUCCUGAGCUGAUAUACCCUCUCCUGAGCUGAGUAACAAUUCCUCAGCUUAUAUACCCUCUCUUGAGCUGAGUAACCUCUCCUGAGCUGAUAUACCCUCUCCUGAGCUGAGUAACCCUUUUUCGGCUUAUAUACCCUCUCUUGAGCUGAGUAACCUCUCCUGAGCUGAUAUACCCUCUCCUGAGCUGACAUUCUCUCUCCUGAGCUGAUAUAUACCCUCUCCUGAGCUGACAUUCUCUCUCCUGAGCUGAUACCCUCUCUUGAGCUGACAUUCUCUCUCCUGAGCUGAUAUAUACCCUCUCCUGAGCUGACAUUCUCUCUCCUGAGCUGAUACACUCUUUCCUGUGAUGAUGAAUGUGAUUCCCUGAUGAGGGACAGAUGUACCAGGAAAAUAAUCAAGAACAAGGACCACCAGUUCCUCGUUGUGGAACCUAACGGCUCCUUGAAGUUUGAGUACAGAAAUGACGUAUCAGAUGAUAGCUGCUUCUUGUUCCAGAUGUAUAAGAACAAUUGCCAAAGCACACCCAAGGGAGUAGCCAUCAUAAUCCAUGUCCUCCUCAAUGAGCAGCAGUGCGUUCUGAGUUGCGUUGAAGAGGGAAAUCAGAAAUACGUUUAUGCAAAACAACCGGAGUCCCCCCUGCCAGAUAUAAUUGAGGACUCCCAACAUGAAGCUGUGUUCUUUCUACAGAGAGUUAGACCACCUGUAGUCAUCCCAGGAAGAGGGGAACAGUAUGGGAAAUACAAGCUAGAAUCUGCUAAGUGGCCAAACUGGUAUUUUAGCUUUAGAGGUGUAGCUGAAGUCACAGAACCUGUUCUGAGCAAAGUCACUGAUGAUAUUGUCAAUGAACAGAUUGAAGUUUCCAUUAUGUCACCAACUUCAUAAAUUUAAAAAACAGAUGAUAAACAACAUCUAAUAAAAAAACAACAAUUUGUAUAAAAAGCAUAAAUAAAUUUUAAAAAUUUAAAAAGAGAAAUAAAAGUGAACUCAUCAGAUGUCUGUUUAAAAUGCAACAUACUUUCUUUGCACUCAUCACCCUCUCAUGUCAUUUUCCUUUCGAAAGUCACUAUUCAGUUAUUUCACCGCUGUUCCAUAAAAAUAGCUCAGAAACAAAGGCCCCCCCACUCGUUAUCAGUGAACUCCCUGGCUAUUUACUGUUCCUAGAACCUGGAUGAUCCCGAACCCCUUUUGGAUAAUGUUCUAUGGACUGAUUUUAUAGGACUUUUUACAUGGGUCUCUCUAUGUCUGGCGUAAAACAAAUACAGCAUUUCACAGUAAGAACACCAUACCAACAGUCAAACAUGGCGGUGAUCGUGGGAUGGUGUGGGAAUGCUUAGCUGCCUCGGGAUCUGGAUGAGUUGCCAUUAUUGAAGGAAGAAUUAAUUCUGCUCUGUGCCAGAAAAUUCUUAGGGAGAAUAUCCAGUAAUUUUGAGUGGGCUAAAAUUCCUCCACUGCAAUGUGAAAGGCUGAUAUCAAAUUACAGGAAGCAUUUGGUUGCAGUUAUUGCUAAAGGUGGUGCAACCAGUUAAAGUGACUUUAAAGGUAAGUCUGUGAAUGGCUUCAGACUAUAUUCAGACCUGCCAACCUGCACGCAUUUUGUGUACCAACCAUGCAAUUCUUGGUCAAAAUACGCAGGUACGAAAUGCCAGCUGAAACUACGCAAAAAAAAAAAUAUUGUAAUUUAAUUACGGAAAACAACCAAUUAAUACAAAACAAUACCGUACAUUUAUUCGGUAUUUAAACUACAUCCCUCGGAUU